AAUCGUAAAAGAAAUAAGUAAAUACAACGUUUAUUUAAACCGAUCUAAAUGAAUAAUGCUACGAAAAACUACGUUAUAAUUCACAUAAAUAAUUGAACGACUAACCUCACCUAAUAUCAUGGAUUUUAAGUUAUGAUAAUGACAGCACAACAUUUUUAAAAUGAUUACUAUCCACUGGUCUUUUUCAAGAAUUCCUGCUUAUUUAUAUUGCCUCAUUAAAUCAGUUUUUCAAAAAUGUGUCAUUACACUUCGUUCACUUACCUACAAUCAUUUUAUGGACCAAAGCUAUGCAGCAGACGUAUGUAUGGAACCUAUGUUUUGGUUUGUAGAUAACUUUACCCAUGCCAUAGGACCCGUAUUUGUUGUUGCUGUGGUAAUUUUAACUGCAUCAGUAGUUUUAAUCGCAUAUUGGAUAGGUAUCCCAUAUUGGUGGAAUAGAAAUGCAAUAGUCUGCAUUGUACUAGUCAUUAUAGGUCAUUGGAUACUUUCAAAUAUAUGUUUUCAUUAUUACAUGGGUGUUGUUACACCUCCGGGUUAUCCCCCACAAGGAGAACUAAUAACAGAAGCUGUUAGUAUAUGUAAAAAAUGUAUUUCGCCGAAACCUCCAAGGACCCAUCACUGUUCAGUUUGCAAUAAAUGUAUUCUUAAGAUGGAUCACCACUGCCCUUGGUUAAAUAAUUGCGUUGGUUACAGAAAUCAUAGGUAUUUCUUCCUUUAUAUGGUUUAUAUGGUUGUCGGAGUGUUAUUUGUAAUUUGCUGUGGCUUUGAUAUCGCCUACACAGCCAUUUUUCUAACCCCUGUUGAUUCUGACGAGCCAGAACUAGAAGGCCAUGCUGUAAAGUUCAAUCAGACUGGAGCUCUUAUACCUGUGACUGAUGCAGAUUAUUUAGAUACAUCACUGUUGGAUGACGAACCAGGUGAAGAAUGUAUAAGUCUUUGGAGAAGAAGAGCAAUAGUUUACAUGACUCUUAUUAAUUGCGGUGUAUUCUUGGCUUUGGGCAUGUUGUCACUCUGGCACGCACAAUUAAUAAGCCACGGUGAAACUAGUAUAGAAGCUAAUAUAAACAAGGCAGAAACUAAUAGAAUGAAGGAAUUGGGUAGGACUUAUGCGAAUCCGUAUAAUUUCGGAAGAAGAAAAAAUUGGAAGAUAUUCCUAGGGCUUAUUCAAGGAAGAUCAUUUGCAAGACACAUACUUCUGCCAUCAGCCCACGAACCAAUAGGAGAUGGAUUGAGGUGGCAUACUAUACAUGAUGAAAUGAUAGAUGAGUGGCCGUAAAUUCUAGUCGUCCAAAGAAAUAACUGAUAUCAUAUUAUAAAUUAAGAAAAUUCAGAGUUAAUUGUAUGUUACGACUAAAGUUGAGGCAUUCCAUUGAAUAAUAUUUAGGAAAGUGUGAGGACAUCGUUUUUUUAUAACAAUCUACCUCAUACUUAAUGUUAUAUUAAGAAUAUAGUCAAAUUGUAAAGAGCUGUUAUUUCUCUGACUAUAUCCUUUAUUGUCAUAAUUUAUAUAUUAUGUAACAUUUCAUUUAUUGAAGUGAUAUUAAGUUACUGUUCUCUGUGUCUGUGAUUGAGUAAGGCUUCUACUAAUUUAGUGUUUUUUUUGUAAAAUCGAACUGUGUUUUAAAGUUUGAAAUUAUAUAUAAAAUAAGUAA